AUGUCUUCAACCAAAGGGACCAUACUCAUCACCGGCGGCACUGGGAAGGUGGGCUUGUGCAUUGCCAAGCUGUGCCAGACAUCAUCCACCCCUUACCUCGUCGCCUCGCGGUCCGCGUCCUCAGCCACCGCCUCCACCGUCCACCCGACCGUGAAGUUCGACUGGCUCGACCGCACGACGUGGUCCAACCCCUUUAUCACGGCGACCAAGGCCUCGCCUAUAACAGCGGUAUACCUCGUCUCGCCGCCUGUAUUUGAGGCUAGCACCAUCAUGAACAAAUUCAUCGACCUGGCCAGGAAGGAGCACGGAGUGAAGCGGAGCGCCACCUCGAUCGAGGCCGGCGGGCCCGUCUUCGGCGGGACCGCAAAGUACCUGCAGGAGCUCGGCGCGGAGGGUGAGGUCGGGUUCGGGGUCAUGCGCCCGACGUGGUUCAUGGACAACUGGGCCGAGCAAGGCAGCCUGCAGCAGACGGUCCGGGACGAGGGCAAGGCCUACUCGGCGUCCGGGCCGGGGCGGAUACCCUGGGUCUCCAAGACGGACAUCGCCGCGUGCGCGUACUCUGCGCUGACGGCGGAGGCGCCGCCGAACGGGGACUACAUCAUACUGGGGCCCGAGCUGCUCUCGUAUGGGGAGUGUGCGGAUAUCCUCACCGAAGUCAUCGGAAAGAAGACUGUUCAUGUCAACCUCACCGUGGAGGAGUUGGCUGAGCACCAUGUUAAAAAUAGUGGGAUAAGUGAAGAGUAUGCCAAGGUCCUUGCAGGAAUGGAUAUCCCGAUCAAGAACGGGUCGGAGGGGAAACUCAAUGAUGUAGUUUUGACAGUGACGGGGAGGAAGCCGAAGACAUUUAGGGAGUUUGCGGUGGAAAAUAAGUCGAUUUGGCUGUGA